AGAGGAGGGGCCACACUGAGCUUGUCAAGGGGAAAAACAGGAAGAGCUCACAAACAGGCAGUUCAGUGUGUCUGUUCACUUGCCCACUAGAUUGUGCCUUGGAGACGAAGGGAAAAAAAAGGAGUUUACCCUGCUGGUGGGUUUCUCAACACGGAUAUGAAUGUCCUGGAUUCUCCACAUGGGAAUAUGGGGCUGCUAAGGACCUUUGAAUCCUCUGAGUUUGGCUGCUGGGAGAAAAUAGGCUCAGGUGGAUUUGGACAAGUAUACAAAGUCCGGCACGUCCAGUGGAAAACAUGGCUGGCUAUCAAGUGCCCUCCCUGCCUUCAUAUGGAUGCCAAGGAGCGUUCAGAGCUGCUGGAGGAGGCGAAGAAGAUGGAGGCAGCGAAGUUCCGAUACAUCCUGCCCGUGUACGGGAUCUGUGACGACCCCCAGGGCCUCGUCAUGGAGUACAUGGAGACGGGCUCCCUCGAGACCCUGCUGGCCACUGAGCCGCUGCCCUGGGAGCUCCGCUUCCGCAUCAUCCACGAGACCGCGGUGGGAAUGAACUUCCUGCACUGCAUGAACCCGCCGCUGCUCCACCUGGACCUGAAGCCGGCCAACAUCCUGCUGGAUGCUCACUAUCAUGUCAAGAUUUCUGAUUUUGGCCUGGCCCGGUGGAACGGCCUUUCACGGGCUGAUGACAUCAGUAGGGACGGCUUCUGCGGCACGAUUGCCUACCUGCCACCUGAGAGCAUCAUUGAGAAGGACAAAGCGUCGGACACCAAGCAUGACGUAUACAGUUUCUCCAUCGUCAUCUGGGGGAUUCUCACACAGAAGAAACCCUACCAAGGUGACAAUAAUAUCCUUCAGGUCAUGGUGAAAGUGGUGAAGGGGGUGCGUCCAGACCUGGGUGCUGUGCCACGAUGUCGACCUUCAGCAUGUACAGGGUUCCUGAGUCUCAUGCAGCGCUGCUGGACCACAAAUCCUGACGCCAGACCCAGCUUCCAGGAAAUCACAUCUGAAGCUGAGGAGCUCUGCUCUAAACCUCAAGAGGAGCCCAAGACGCCAACCUUAUCAACGUCAGAGCCAGAGCCAACAUCCCCUAACGCACUCACUAGUGACCAGGUUAAAGACAACAAGCUGGUGCGUCCAAAGUCGGCCAUGUUGCCGGAAAAAGAUUACAGCCUGUCAGAGCUGUUGAGCCAGGUGGAUUCUGGGAUCUCGAGGAGCUUUGAUCGAGUGAAGGAGGAUAGCUGCCACAGCAAAGAGAACACCUGCAAGAGGCUGUCUGGCAUCUCCUCAGCUGAUUCAGCCUUCUCCUCCCAAGACUCCAUCACGCUGUCUUUUGAGAAAGAAAACACAUGUGAUUCUGCUGAGGUCCAGAGGCGGAAGUUGUGUGAGGCCAUCAGGACCAAAGACACCGCCAAGCUGAUGAAGAUCCUCCAGCCUCAAGAUGUGGAUCUCCUCCUUGAUGGAGGAGGCAGUCUGCUCCACCACGCCAUCACCUUGGCCAAUGAAGAGGCUGUCAAGUUCCUCCUCCUGAACAAUGCCAAUCCCAACCUAGCCAAUGCCCGUGGUUCCACACCCCUGCACCUGGCCACAGAGAGGCACCUGAAGCCCCUGGCAGAGCUUCUGCUCGGUCGCCGCUGCACCAACGUCAAUACCAAGGAUGAGGACCAGUACACGGCUUUGCACUGGGCCGCCCAGAACGGGGACGAGGCCAUCACGCGCCUGCUGCUGGACCGCGGGGCGGCCAUCAACGAGACCGACGGCCAGGGACGCACGUCAGCUCAUGUCGCGUGCCAGCACGGCCAGGAGAACGUAAUCCGGGUGCUGCUGAGCCGCGGUGCUGAUGUUCGUAUCAAGGGUAAGGACAACUGGACGGCGCUCCACUUCGCUGCCUGGCAAGGGCAUCUGGGUAUCGUCAAGCUGCUGAUCAAGCAGGCCGGUGCCGAUGUGGACGGGCAGACGACAGACGGCCGCACGCCGCUGCAUCUGGCUUCCCAGAGGGGUCAGUACCGAGUGGCACGGAUCCUGAUUGAACUAGAUGCGGAUGUUCGCAUGACGUCUGCUGGGUCAAACACACCACUACACGUGGCGGCAGAGACGGGUCACACCAGCACCUCUCGCCUCUUGAUCAAACACCAGGCAGAUAUUCACGGCCAGAACGCCCACGGACUCACUCCUCUCCACCUAGCCUCCCAGCGAGGCCACCUGGCCACAGUCAAGAUGUUGUUAGAAGAGGGGGCGGACCCGUACAGGUCCAACCAGGCCCUACGCACCCCCUGCCACCUGGCAGCAGAGAACGGACACUGUGAAGUCCUGAAAGAGCUGCUCCUUCACUGUCCAGAUGGUGGCGCUCUGUCAGACGACCAGGGGCUCAGCCCAUUACACCUGGCGGUGCAGGGUGGAUACUCAAACAUCAUCACCAUGCUGCUGCCGCAGGACUUAGUUACUGAGAGCUCAGUGCAACCGGUCGCUGAACAGCCUGCACCACCAGAGGCAAAGCAGCUCCAGAGGAAAGUCGUCAUUCUCAAACUGACGGAGCACAAAGACUGCCCUCAAACCAUCAGCUCACAGUGUGCCUCGGCACCCUGCUAACAAGAGCAAAAACACUGCCAAACCUGUACAGAACUGUUGUUUUUUAUACUCCACUGGUGCCUCAGAGUUGGUGGGAGCGAGGUCGUACCAAACUUCAGAGAGUUUUUUGGAGCCCUUUCAGCACUGUAGGUAUUUCCUAAUGGUCAAACAAGCUUUAAUGUAAAUAUGUACACUGUGAAUAGAACGUAUAAAUACUGUCGUGUUAGAAUUUUUGUUUACUUUUUUACUUAAAAAGCACAUUUUUAUACUUAACAAGCACCAACAUCAGAAUUAUGUUUAGGAAACCUGUGACCUUUGGGGACGUUUCACUGUACCGCACUGCAGCUGGUAUGCCUGUCAGUUAUAUUUAAAAGAGUAGAGACUUUGCUCACAAGCCUUAUUAGGGGAAUGCUGUAGAUCAUCAGAGCCAUAGAUGAAAAAAACGUUGACCUUCAGUGUUCUGAACCUGUUACAUAUCAGUGCUGCAUCAUCCAUUAAAACCAUUUAAACCUUUUA